AUGGGCCCCGGAGACUUCCGCCGCUUCAGAGAGAGUGUUUCCCAGGGUCUCCAAGGACUCCCAGGUAGAGCGGAGCUUUGGUUCCCACCUCGUCCCGCGUGCGGCUUCCCCGGGGACGGCAGAAGCACGGACGUCCAGGACGAGGCCCUGGCCGCCAGCCCGCUGCUGGAGGACCUCAGACGACGGCUGACUCGCGCCUUCCAGUGGGCGGUGCAGCGCGGGACCUCGAGGCGCCAGCGGGAGGCGGCGGCAGCGGCGGCGGCGCGGGAGGAGCAGAGCUGGGCGCGCGUCGAGGCCACCCUGGCCGGGCUGCGGGCGGAGCUGGUGGAAAUGCAUUUCCAAAACCACCAGCUGGCUAGAACUUUACUGGACCUAAACAUGAAAGUGCAGCAAUUGAAAAAGGAGUAUGAACUGGAAAUUACAUCAGACUCUCAAAGCCCAAAGGAUGCUGCUGCGAAUCUGGAAUAAAGAAAUGCACACAAGAAGCUCUUGAUCCUAAAACUAACACAACCCUGAAACAAUUCUGAUGAACACAUUAUGCUUUGCAUAAGUUUUGAGGGGCAAUUUAUAGACCCAAAACUUAGGUGACAGGGGAAGGUGACAGAAAAACAUCCAAGAAAGGGGAGAGAAAAAUGAUGUAUUACCAAGUUUUAAAGUUAUUUGUUUUGACUGGGACAUAGAAGUAAAAUAUAACUCUCUCUCUCUCUCUCUCAAGGAAUGCUUUAAUGCCAACUUUUGGUAUUCCACCUUGUGUCACCUGACCUUUCUGGCAUUGCCUGAGCUUUCAGUUUGUGCUUGUUUUGCUUUACUUGAUUAUUCUCGGUUUGUCUGUCCAGCGGCCUGCCCUGCUUUUUGUGGAUAAUUAUUUCUACUUGGAUUCUAAUCAUGCCGUUUAGGUGGUCUGUGACUAAGGGUACUCCACCUUCCUGGAUGUAGUCAUGCAGCUCAGGGCAGGCCGAAGAGUUUGUCCUUAGGAUUUUUUGAAUGGGCACUAAAAGAGUAGAUGAAUAUUUCUGCCAGUAGACGCCGUGGAUCAGGGGCUUGGAAGCUGCUGGUGGUCACCAUGUGAGAAAGUUCACACACCCUAAUGGAGGUGACUGAAAUGGAACCACUAAAAGCACAAAAGGGGAGGGAGGGAGGGAGAGUGCUUCGCUUCCUUGUUCCUGGGGUCAAGUUGUGUAAGACUCCAGGCCUUGCUCGUUUAUAUACAUGAAACAUUCUGAUAUCCUUUUCAUAAAAUCUCUUUUUGCCUAAGUAAAUUCAAGCUGGAGUUUCAUGACUUGUAUCUAGUGUUCACAAUUAACACAGUUGUUCAGUUUUAGGAGUUAAAAUGGUUCUUACUAUUGAGUUGGACUAUCUAACUGUACCCGAAAAGUGCUGUCUUUUUAAUGCAAACAAUAAAGUUAAUAAAAAAUAGUUGCAGA